AAAACACUCAACCCCUUAUGUUUGUCCCUCAAAAUAAUCCGAAUUUGUCUCUUGUAUUUAUAAACCAGCUCGUGUUUCCUCUCUCACGGAUUCAAGGAUCUCUACCCCAACUCAUUUUUCUCCUCUAUCCCCACCACCCUUUUUUUCUUUUUUCUUUUUGCUAUCCAUUUUGCAGAGAUCCUUAUCUAUCUCAUUCCAGGACACAAUGGCGAAUGCAGUGUCUGGAAUGGCAGUGCAAGAUGAGUGCAAGCUCAAGUUCUUGGAAUUAAAAGCAAAGAGAAACUACAGGUUCAUUAUAUUCAAGAUUGAUGGCCAGGAAGUGGUGGUCGAGAAACUUGGCAGCCCUCAAGAAAGCUAUGAUGAUUUCUCUAACUCUCUCCCUGCCGAUGAAUGUCGCUAUGCUGUCUUUGAUUUCGACUUCAUUACUACUGAAAAUUGCCAGAAAAGCAAGAUAUACUUUAUUGCUUGGUCACCAGAAUCAUCAAGGGUGAGGAUGAAGAUGGUGUACGCGAGUUCAAAGGACAGAUUCAAGAGAGAACUGGACGGAAUUCAAGUUGAAUUGCAAGCAACAGAUCCUAGUGAAAUGAGCUUUGAUAUUAUAAAGGCGCGAGCCUACUGAUCUUAACAUAUCCAGCCUUGGCUCUAAGCACUUUCAUGCAUUUCGCAUUUCUAGCGUUCUAUUUCCAGUUUCUCUGUUGUGACCUACUGAUCUGUGUUUCUCUGAUGUAAUACUAUGUGCCUUACAGCAUUCUGUUUCAACUGAACCUUGUAUCAAAUGGUGUUUUUUCGCCUAAAUAAAAUAUCUGAUUGUGCUCUUGUUGCGUUCACUU